AUGGUGCGCCUGAGGGGGAGGCUGCUGACCUGCUUCUAUUGUGGGAAGCGGUCAUCCAUCAGAUACGAUGGUCACAUACGCGACUUUCUCUGCACCUUUUGUGAGGCGAGAAACUAUCUGGACGAGUAUGGCGAUGUCACCGACCCCCCAGCCCUCGAAUCUUCCACACCAAAGCGAUUCGUCAAACAAUUGCCAUCUCAAACACUUUCACCUACGGAAAGUGUUUUCUGCGAGAAUUGCCUAAAGAACCAACGCCUAUUUACCAGAUCAUUGGCACAGUAUUUCCCCGACGACCCCUCUCAUCCCGAAUACGCCGAACUGGAGCGCAAAUACUAUCGCUACCGUAGAGACCUGGAGAAGCGCUAUCCUCAAGAAUGCGCAGACUGCAAGAAGAAAGUUGACGAACGCCUAGAGCAGGCUGGCUACACUGCAAAAACCGACCAUCUGAGACGGAUGUUAGAAAAGAGUAGGGGCAGAAGAGUUCCUAAGAGGAUGACUUACCUUGAUGUGGCAAACACCAUAGGACGAUGGCUGUGGUGGGGGGGCUUUAUUAUUCAGAUUGUCUGGCACUUGGUCAGCGCCUCAGCCGUUCUAGACAAGCGUGAGGAGAACGGAAUGUAUGAUCCGGACGAUCAGGGCACGACAAAGCAGAUGAUUGUUGCAUGGUUGAACUGGUUACGGGCUUUCCUGCCCGCUGCUGAGACGCUAAUUGGAUGGAGCAUUAGAGUAGGGUUUCUCUCUGCUUGGUGGAAUCCGUACAUUGUGCAGCUUAUUCGCCUCAUCAUCUUCUUUCGACACAUUUUCCGCUCUGUUCUCCAUAUGCAAGGAGGCCAGGCCCAGUCCACUGGGGCACAGCUGAGUGCGCAUUUUGCAAUGGUUUCUAUUAUGGGACUGAUCUACUAUCUUGCUCGGGGGUCUAUCAAAGUCGAUACCACGCCGCUCUUUAAGAUAACCAAGAGGACGACAACCGCAAACCAGAAGCCUUCACCUGCGCCGAGAAGGAAAAUAAGAGAACCAAAGACUCUUGCCGAGGCUCUGACUGAAGCCCUCGAAUCGCGGCCAAUGAACCCAUUGCCGCCUUCCCGACUCAGCAAACAACCAUUCCAACCAGCUCAAGAUGAACUUUCUUUUGCCGGCUUCAGCAUAUCAGACAAGUCUCCUCAAAAGGGCUUUCGCGCACAGGAUGCUGAUGCAAUGGAUUGGUCCCCUCUACCGAAGCAUGCUCAAAAAUCGCAAUACCGGGCAUUUCAAGACCCCCCCGUGUCCAAACUUGGCGCGCGUCCUUUCGGCCAAUCCCCUACCCAGCCUGAUGCCGGGCCAUUCUGGUACAAGGUACCACCUGCACCGGUGAACCCAGCACAGCGAUUUCGUAACCCCCCGGGUGCUCCUCUGUUUAAGAGAGCGUUUUCAGUUGAGCCAAGGAAGGAAGAGGGCAGUUUCGGCUUCGGAAUGGGCCAUAUGGAUGACAGGCGGGAAGAAAUGCCGAGAGCCAGCAGUGUGGACUUUAAGAGCCCCAGCUUCUUCGCACCUGAGGGUCCUGACGAUACGGAUGCCCUGGCAGAUGCCCUUGGACAGAGCUUCAGUUUUGCCAGCGUCAUCGACGACGAAUCCGACUCUGAGAAGACCGUUGUGAAUGAAGAUAUUCAAGUUGAGAUCCCUAUCCUCUCUAGUUCGCAGACCUCACACAAAUACGACCUCUACUUUUUGAUGGCCAUCCUUCCAUCUUGGUUCAUUCCCCAAUUCAUCACGACUCCUUAUGCUAGAGAAGCACGACUCGCUAUCCUAGCUAUUGCUGGCAUCAUCGCCAUCCGCAGCGUUGGAGGUGCUACCCACCAGAUCUUACGUGGUGGCGCUGACUUGUCCAGACUGGCCAUGUGUAUCGCUUCCAUGACGAGUGUGCUUGAGCUAAGUGCCAUUUGUUGGACAGGAUGGCAGCUAUGGACGAAUGAAAGCGACGUGUUCCAACAUGGCGCUUCUGUGUUAGCCUUUAUGUUGGGACAUCAAGAAUUGAGGGGGUUUUCCUUGAGACGGGGUUCGUGA